AUGUUCGCUUCUCUACUCUGUGCAUUUAGUAUAUCAGUAGAUGUUACUGGACAAAUUGAUGGCUGCACACAAGAAAACACAAUAAUAUUAGUAAAUGAAUUUCAAUCAGGAACCAGGUAUGUACAAACAGAACUGAUGACGAAAACAAUUACUCAAGACAACUUUGUUUGCAUUGCAGGAAGUGUAGUUAUAACGGCAGACUCUCCUUUUAGCGCCAAAUAUAAAUUCUAUGAUACAAGUGAUAAAAAAUUUCUAGAUGAAGAAUUAACUGCAACAUCUCCAUUUACUAUUAAAGGUGAUAACACAAGAUAUCCACUGAUUAAAUUAUACACUGAUACACCUGGAAAAGAAAUUAAAAUUCAAAUUAUAAAAGUUGGCGCAGGAUACACAUUUCCAGGCAACAUUAAUAAUCUUUAUUCUGUAUUUACAACAACAAUUGAUUGGGAAAGAGUCUUCAAAUUCAAAUACAUUUUGAAUUAUGGUAUUGAAAUUAAUUCUCUGAUUUUAACAGCCGUUAGUAAAUAUAAACUUAAAAUAAUUACAGAUUCUGAUAAUUUUGAUGCAGAACCAAGAAUUACUCAUUAUUCAAGCGAUGGCGUUGGUAAUGUUUUAGGAUUACAUUUCACCCAAAGAGAUGAAUAUGAUCAAAAUCCAAAAGUUACCACUAAUUUCUUAAUUACCCAGAUUUUCCUUACUUUUACCACCCCUCUAAAGCUGGGGACACCGCCUAUCGUUGGGAGUAGCUAUUAA